CGCGAGCAAACUCUUCCAUUUCCAUCCUCGCCGUCGAAGCAGAAGAAAAAGCAGCUGUAUCAAGCGGUGUCCGCGGUCGUCAAGGGGGACCUCAUUCUCGUCGAGGUAGUGGAGACGGAACAAACGGGUCCUCGUGAGCAGAGUGCCGUUAUUUCUUUUACCGAUAAUUCGGGAAGUUCUGCUGCGAAAGUAACCCGCAAGCAGAUCCCGUUCACGGAGCUGUGCUGGGAGAACGCGAAGCAGUCGCUGCAGCAGGAUGUGGAGGUUUUGGUCAAGAACGCGACGGACUACAGCAACAAGCAACUUGUCCACGCCGCGGCGGAUUACAGCGGGCCAAACACGAGAACUCACACCGCUGUUUCUUUCGCUGACAUCAAAGGAUCGACGUCCUCCUCGCAGGAACAGGGCGGACUGGGUCUGAUGGACGAGGAGCAGCCGGCGACAGGAGAGGGAGAAGUCACGACGACCCCGGCGGCCGGAUUGAGUGCAGACGAGGACCAAACGCAGUAUUUAACGUUCAAGAAGCGGGAAGUGCUGGAAGUUCUGUACAAGACAGAGCACUGGUGGUACUGCCGGCAACUGGAAACCACCACGCGCGGAAUCUCGCAGACCGGUUGGGCGCCGGCUGCGCUCUUGCAGGAACUCGGUCGCGUGCACAAAGAGUUCCAAGGAGGAGCUGGCGGCCAAGAAGAGCAGCCUAGAAGUAUGAACAGCAGCAAAGAGAAAGAGCAGGCAGGGGAGGACCAGCAAGAGCAGCAAUCGCCGAUGCUCUUAUCCGUCGAUGUCAAUGACACCGUUCAAAUCCUUUUUCGCCAUUACUCCGGGUGGAGUUACGCGAAAAAACUAGUACAACAGGAACAACGACGGACAGCACAGCCGGACCAACAUCAUCCAGAAGUAAAUCCGGCUGCCGAUCCAGGUGUCGGAGAGCAGGUGGGCUGGCUGCCGGACGCGUGCAUUGUCCCGACUUCCGAGUCCCGGGACAGCAAAACGGUGCGACCGUUUGUGCAGUCGGUGAAGAAGCACAAGGUGAUCCAGGAGAAUUUGCAGAAGAUCCUGGAAUCCGCUCAUGCGGCGCAGAGCUCGCUGCAGUGGAUCAUGUCGACUUCGAAGUCGAACUUGAGCGGGACGACCAGCAACAGCCAAGCCAUACUGCUUCCCGGCGCAGCGAACUUCUUGGACGAGGAAACGAAUGCGAAGAUCGUCGACCAGAUCGGACUGUUGAUCGAGCACUUGACCGUCGAGGUGAAGCAGAUUUGCGACGCACUGUACGGCAGCCAGAACUACGAAGGAGCGGGCGCAGCAGGAGUAGACUCUAGUAGUACAACUCAGAAGCAGGCCCGGGUGCGCUGGCUGUGGGAGCAAGAGGACGGGGGUCGUGGGCCGAACGACGAUGAGGGAACAAACAACUCGUCGCAGUUCCUGCAGAACUGCCAGGUAAACGAUGUGGUUACGGUUCUCGCGCAAAACGUCGAGGAUUCCGGCUGGAGUUACUGCGUAUUGCUGGUGGAAGAUAGGGAUAGCAGAGCAGCAGCGUCUUCCGCAGCUUCUUCAGAAUCUGGAACAAAGACAGGAACUGGAAAGAACGACACGUAUCAGAACGAUACCAGAAAUAAAUCCGCCACAACUACUGCUUCCGAAGGCUGGGUGCCGGAGGACGCUCUGGACUACGAAGACGUUUACAAUUCGCACAAAAGCAGCAAGAACCAGCUGUACCGGAAGGGAGCGAGCAAAUCGUCCACAGCGUCUUCCUCCAAAAUGUAUCCUCGUUGCUCGAUCGACGAGCUUCCGCCGUGGGUCGUGACCGACUCGCCCGCUCGGUGGUACUCGCAUUCGCAAAAGAAGUACUGUGACGUGCGGAUAACGGAGAUCAACGAGAGCCGGAACAUGGUCUACAUCCGGUUUAACGUGAACGAGAACGCGUGGAAGGGCGUGCGGUUCUACGAGCUUUGCCGCACGGCCGCUAGUCGGAGCAGUUCGAAGAGCAAAGAAAAAAGCGGGCCGGGGGAUAGGAGUUUAUUGGAGAACCAUGAUUCAUGUGGCCUUGACCACGACAGUGCCGACGACAGUGGCAGGCCGUUUUGCUGCCUCCAGCCACCGCUUUCCUACCAUGCCGGAGAACAAGAAGCGCAAUACACCAGAGGAACUAGCACGCUGGACCAAAUUCGCGAGGAACGGCCGGAAGACCUCUCCAGCCGUGGCCUAAAUGACGUGACCAGCCAGGCGGACGUCGACAUGCUGGGCGACAUGGUGACCGGGGUGCAGCAGAUGCUGGCGGCCCAGCAGGACGACAAUUCGACCACCGGUUCGAUGCCCACCACUGGGCAAGAGCAGCUGGAAUUUGACCUGGGCCAGAGCAUAUGAAUUGCAAAAAUGUCUGGGUCUGGAAGAAUGCAUGUUUGUCAUGCAUAUUUUUGCAUGCCCCAAGAGGUCUGCAAUGCAGGACUUAGCAUGACAGGUUCUGUGAAGUCUCUAUCAUGUCUAUCCCGCAUGACAAACUGCCGCUACACUUGUUCAAACGUGGACGCCUUUUGGUAAUCAUGCAACGCAAAUUUCUGUACUAUCCAGACUUAGCAUGACAAGUUCCAACCUUCCAGACCCAGACACUUUUACAAUCCAUAGAGCAGCGACGAGGAUAGCAUCGAGAAAGCUUUGUCCUCUCCCGGGGUUGGUGGAGAGCAUGGGAGUACUAGAGGUCGAUACAACGCCGCAGCCGCCAAACUUUUGGACAAGCCCACAACGCCCGUCGUGGUGAACGUGAACAACACCAGUUUUGACGCAUCACCCGCCCCGUCCGCGCAGUUCUUUUCCGCACCGGUCACGCCGCCGCCGAACAGCAACGCAGUAACGCCGAACGCCGUGUUUUCCGCAGUGACGCCCAACAAUUAUGGAAAGUCGCCGGGGAAAGAUGAACCGUCGAGCGACAGCAGGCAAAGUUCCCCGGCGGUUCGGUUAAACGCCACGACGACCGUGGAGGAGGGGGAAAGAACUCUUGAAAGACGCGACUCCAUCCCGUAUGUUCCGCCGCCGCCCCUGCCGAACGAGAUGCAGCACGCACCGCCGCCCGAGGAACUCAAGAAGGGCACGAUCGUCAUGCAGAGUCUAACAAAAAGCGGCGGGAUGAGUUUGAAUUUGCAAGGAAACAAUGGUUCGUCCUUUCUCGACGUGCAGCUUGGCCCGUCCGAAACCACGGUGCGUUCCGCGCGGAGGUCUCCGGAAGCUGUGUCCCUGGACGGAAGCCCACUGAAACAGCUGAAGUUUCGGAAGUCAGACACCAGGGUAUUGGAAAUCGCGUCGAAGGAAGAGCUCUCGCAGGUGCUCUUUUUACCAAGCCCACCGCAUGGAGAUGCAGGUUUGUUGUGCUGUUUUUGCGUGCUUUUUUUGUUGUUCUCCUCUGCAGCUCGACAAAAUCAAUGCACUUUUUGCUUCUUGCACGUGCAACAGGUGGUCUCUUUUACAUUGAUUAGUGUUUACGGUUUUUUUGUUCCUACUUGUACUUUUCACGUUCAGGAGCCGGCGCCGACGACCAGCGAAGUGCGAAUAUCGAGGACAUUAUGCAAGAAGGUACGCACGACGUUCGCACAGCCGACGUGCUAAUCGAUGAGCGGAACAACGUGUUGCUCCACCCCGAAUCCCGACAACCGGUUCUAGCCAGGACAGAAAGUGAUGACGUGAAUGUGAAGUACGUAUACGUGAACCCUGACUCCAACCAAAUCACCGGCCUCGCUGCGCUCCGACCCGACGGAUCGCCGAAGAAACUGGACAAGUCCGCAACGAACAUCGAGGUGAAAGCGGUGGUCGUAGACAAGAGCACGAAGGCGAAACUGGGCAUGUUGCCGGUGGCGGAACAGGAUUUCUCAUCCACUGUGCAAGACCCGUUGAAGGACCCCAGCAACGCCAUCCGCUUGGUCAUCGAUGCGGAGGCGAGGGAGGUGCUGGGAUACUGCGACCAAACAGUUCCGCUGCUGAGCACGUGUGACGAAACGGAAAAACCAGAGUCAAAACAAGUUUCCCCAAACAUCAGCACCACGAGUGGCGCGCCGGCGUCCUCGCCGGGCGAGAAAUCGAAGUCUAGCGCGGACAACAAAUCCGAAGUUCAGAUCCGGCUGCCAGAUCCCGGUGUCGGAGUAGGAGUUGUAGAAGGAGAAAAUAAAACCGCGACCGCAGACGCAGCAGUUGCCGCUGGCACACAGCAGACACCAGCGCAGGUAUCGAAGAAGAAACAGGAGAAGCAGCAAAAGAAGGAGAAAAGAGCCGCGGUGCGGAUUCAGGCGAUCGCCCGGAUGUUCUUGAUUCUGAAAAAGAUCCGGAAACGCAAAAUAACCGCGAUCAACACGGUGAAGGCGAAGUGGCGGUCGUGCGUCGCCAUGCGGGUCAUGCACAAUUUGCUGUACAACUUCUCCGCAACGGUGGUCCAGAAAAGGUGGCGAGGGAUCAAGGGGAGACAGACCGCGAAGCAGAAGAGGAAGGAGUUUGAGCAGCGGCAGUUGGCGAAGAUUGGCAAGGAGUUGGAAUCCAGCGAGUUUGUCCUGUCCAUGAUCAACAAAUUGCAGCAAUUGGACGACGCGUUGGAUUUUAAUCACGUGAACAAGGAGCUAAAAUACGAAUACGAGUCCUUGCGGAGGAGAAGUAACAGCAACCCGAAUGUGGGCGUUGCAGUGGGCGGCGGAGGACAAUCGCACAACAGAAGUUUGCUAUCACAAACUCUUGAGCCAAGUAGUUCAACAUCCGCGACUACUACCUCAAAAGGGUCUCCUACAGCCUACCACAACCCGAAUUCCGUUGUCGAAUUACUUGCCAGCCCGAUUGCAGAGCUGCAACCUCCACAAGGCUACCUGGUGUCGAGUAGCAGUAAGACGAAAACAAGCAAAGGAGCUCCGUCGCCGGGGACUCCUUCUACUACAACUGGUGGAGUUUUUGCCUUCGCUAACGCCGGCGGAUUGUCACUCGCGCCAACUUCACCGGCGAAGUUGCAGCAGAAGAAAACCACGCAGCGCGGGAAGAUCAUGGUGCUCGCGGGGAAGACGGCGGAUAUGCGGAAGAAAGAGCACUUGCUGUUUGAAGAGGCGAUUCAAGCGCGAAUCGGGGUGCUGGAGCUGGAGCUGGCAAACGCAGCGGAGGCGGAGAGAGAAAAGCUGGAGGCGAAGCGGAAGGAGCGGCAAAAGCGCGUGGAUUUGGCGAAGGAAAGGAGCUCGGCUUCCUCGUCUUCCGGGAACGAAUCGACCUCCACAGAAGUUGUAGCUGAAAACGGCGACAAUGACAAAACAAAGCCAGAAGCGCUGCAGGCGGAGAACCAAAAAGAUUUGGACAAUUGGUUCGAAAUGGAAAAAAGCAACUUGGAAAAAGAGAUAAGCGAAACACGAACUUACGAGCUGGACAAGCUAAAAUUAAAAUCGAAGCGGCUCCGGGCCCUGCACGAUUUGGCGGACGCGUUUGUCGGCAUUCCGCUGUUUAAGACGUCAAAAGACAACGAAAACAACUUCUCGCAGCAGAAAGACAUCGAGGUGCAGAACGUCAGCGUGAUCAAUAAUUUACGGUUCGAGUUACUCAACUCGACGGAGUUAAGCGUCACACGAACAUCGGAGGAAAUAAGCACGACCAGCCAAACUGCGACAGCAACCUCCUCCUCUCUCCCUCUCCCGUUCCUGCUGCGCAAGUCCGCCGAGUGGGUGUCGGCGCUGGCGCUGGAGGGCGAGUGGCCGAGCUCGAUCGAAGAGAGGAGAGAACGGAACAAGUUGCUGUUCGAAAACAUGAAACAACUCCUCCAACAGGUUUUUGAAAAGGUCAAGCUCGUGGAACUUGCCGCGAAGGAAAGCGAGCAGCUGGUGGACAAGCACUCCUGGGACGAGGACCUGAUCGUGCUACGGAUGACGAAGCAGGAGCGCCAGGACCGCGCGGCCUUCCUGGCGCAGCAAAACUUUUCCAAGCAGAGUAAAAUCGACAAGGAGUUUCACGACGAACGGGUGAAAAGGGACCAGUUCACCGAAAUCGAGCUGAAAAAGAUGUACGAGGAGCAGAUGUUCCGCCUGUCCUCACUCUUCCGGUUUCAGAAAUCGAAAUUUAUGGACUGCUACUCCAAACUGAAAAUGACCGUCUCCGAUCUGGAAGCCAUUGCGAGCAAGGAGAAGACCGCGCUCAUUGAGCAGACGCAGGAGAAGGUGGAUCUGCUGGAGAAGCAGCUGGUAAGCAAGCAAGCGAUUUCCCGCCAGAUUGCGCACUGCGCCAUGCUGAUCCAGAUUGAAAAGGAGCGGCUGGAGCAAAUUCUGGCGAACUACAAAACGAUGACGACGAAGGAACGCGACACCGCAAUUUUCAAGGGAUUGCGAGUCACGAAGUGUGUGAAGAGGAAGUUGAAGGACCUCGACGUGGACCGAAACGCGAAAGAGAAAGUUUCCAUUCUCCUCUACUCACUGAGGAUGAUCGAGGCCAGGUUGCAGUCGAAAUUAUCCGCGAAAAACAAACGGGACCCGGACGAAGGCGCGGACGAGGAUUUCGACGCAGUGUACGAGUCGUGCUUUGCGGGGACAAGUAGCAGUGGGAACACUUCGAAGGCAACUCCAGCGGUCACUACGUCGAAAGAGGUGGAGAAAAAGCAAAGGGACUGGCAACAGAGAGAAGAGGACUUCGCGAUCAGGUUAGCGAAGGAAAAGGCAAGGUAUUUUAGAUUUUGCUUUUAGAGGGGUUUUUGUGAUUUGGAAGAAGAAGAAAGUGAUACUCCAUGUGACCACUACUACAUACAAUCCAGACUCCGCGACAAAGAGGACAAGCUCGCCAGGAAGCAGAUUCGCAGCAUGUUGAAUAGCGGUAAAGAGACGGCCGAGAAAGAAUUCCGCGCGAAGUUCCUGGUUUUUGAAAAUCUCCCAACCGCAUGGAAAAGCAAGAUCGAAAAGACUGCGGAACCCCUGCGACUUGUGAGGUUGGGCAAGGAGAUCGGGGACGCCCUGCAGGUGGAGGUGAGCCGCUUCUUGUCGAGGCGCAGACACGAAUACAUGCUGGAAAGCAAAGCGUUGGCGGAAAUGGGGCAAAGUUUGGAAGCCGAGCUGCAGAAAUGCGAAUCCUUCGAUUUGCAAGAGACGAUCUUUGCGUACUCGUGGAUAAGUAAUUCUAGUUUCAUCUUUGCAGUGCUGCUGUUCGUAAUUUCGUAUCAGACAAAAUUAAAAAUUACUUUGCUCUUGCAUCGGCUUCGACUACACGGAAAAACUUCAUCUCCGAUCAAAACAGCACCAACCCGGAGACGACAAAAGCGUACAAGGAACUGGAGAGCGAGCUCGCCGCUUGGAAUACGCACGUGUCAGAAUACCGCGAAGUGAUGGAAUCUAAGUUGAAACUUGACGAAGAGGAGGAGGAGCACGUUCCGUCCAGGAGGAACUCCGUGCAAAGACUCGACACAUCCAUGGAAGACGAAGAAUUAGGGUCGGAUUCCGACCAAAUCCCCACGCCACGCGGGGACGAGGACGAAACCGGCGCGACGGCGAAGGAUCCUCAACAUAACAAGCGGGCAAACGCAAGGCACUCGGCGAAGCGAAGCAGUGCGAGUGGACUUCCUACCGGGCGGUCCUCUGCGCAACAGGGGACGACGACAAACAAGGGAGGAACAGGGAACAAGCAAGAAUCGCCUGCAUCCAGUGCCACCAAAACGCCACCGGCCAACCGUCCCCCAUUGCCCAACUUUCCUCAGAUGCUGAAAAAGAUCAACUUACCUCCAGCCACGACCGGUGCACUUCCCCCUAGGCCUGUGAAAUUUGACAUGCCGGCAUUGAACCCGUUUUCCGCUGCGGCAACUAACAAUCUAGCGAUGGAACACCAUAAGGAACAGCAGCGAGGCGGCGAGCACCUGAAGCAAAAAUCAUCUGGCGGUGGUCCGCCGAAGAAGCAAAGACCGGCACAAUUGAUGCUGAAGGAGCUGGACGCAGGGUUGGGCGAUCUGGAAAAGUUCGUCAACACUGCGGGGGGCGCGAAAAAUUUGCCGCGAAAAGUUGCACGCGCGCCAAUGCCGCAAACGCCAAUGUUUAAAGCGUAAAGAUGAUAGGCGGGGGUAUCUUGGCGCUGUGACGCGGAAUAUUUUCUGUCUUCUGAGGUUGCCUUUACUAGCACUUGCAUAGGUAUGUUUUUUCGAAUGAACUUUCUUGACCUGCUUCGUGACUUUCUUUUUACAAUCUUCACUUUGCUUCCAAAAAAUGUUGUUGUUGAGCUUCUAGGUUUACAUCUGCGUUGGCGCCGUUGCCUCGUACGAUCUGUUUCAAAAUUUGAUGAUGAGCUUCAGUAUAGAUGACAAAAACAUAAAAGAAGAAGAUAAAGAAGUAUAGAAAAACUGGAACAAGAUAAGGACUCCACCCAUCUUGAGAAUAAAAAAAGGUACUCGGUCAAUAAAAACGAGCAGCUUCUCUCGACAGUCACGGGCACAUUCGCUAGAUGGCUGCGUCUCAUGACGCAAGGGGAGGCUUGACGAAUGUGGUCGUCGGGGCGCGUAGGACUCGCGCGACUGUCG